GAAGAGCCACCAUUAUAUGCGCCCCUGGGGCAGGAUCAUGAUUGGGGCUCGAGCUUUCAAGCCCACAGGGCCGCAUUCUUCUUCAAGCUAGAGCGAGAGCUAGAGAAGAUCAACGCGUUCUAUCUCGAGAAGGAGGCUGAACUUAAGCUGCGGCUCGAGACGCUGCUCUCCAAGCGGCGGGCUGCGGCUAUGCACGUUCUUCCCGACGCUAGCGACGACGCGACAAAGAACCACGUCGAGUGGAGCGCGGUGGAGGAGGGUUUCAGGUUGCUGGAGCGGGACAUCGGGAAACUGCAGGUAGAUGGUCGCGCCUGUGCCACGCUAUGCUCAAUUUUAUACAUGUCUCUCGCCUUUUCCCUCUUCAGCAAUUCGUUGAGAUCAACGCUAUGGGGUUUCGGAAAAUCCUCAAGAAGUGGGACAAGCGUUCGCGAUCGACCACCAAGGAGCUAUAUCUUGCGCGUCAGGUCGAGGUGCAGCCGGUAUUCAACCGACAGGUAUGUAUGCAUAUAUAACGACCUUCGCUUCUGCUCUACUAAUCAAGUUCGUGCAGCUGAUCUCCGAGUUGGCUGA